AUGAAUCGUCCAGGAAGGCCGUCUGUCCCUGAGCGCAACCACUUCAUCGAGCUCGAUGAGAUUACGCCUGCCAAAGGAGGCUGCAAAAUCAGCCUCGAAGAUGACGAACCCAGCCGCAAGCGCAUUACCCGAUCCCGUUCGCUACCGCCAUCCUCAGCUGUCGGUCACAAACGCGCAAGAUACUCAGAGGGCAUCGAUGAGCAACUGUCUACGCGCUACUUCUUGGACUUGUUGUGUCCUGGUAUCACGAGCAUUUUGCCGUCUCUUCGUGCACUUGGUGAACGACUACUUGACGAUCACGCUAGACUUUGCUACAAGAAGAAUGCCAGUGGUCUGCGGGAGCAGCAGAAUAGUGGCGGCCGUGCUAACCCCCUGACCGAUGUGUGGUCGUCUCGCGCUCGACCCGACCUGAACGAGCUCGUUUUUCUCCUAUGUCUGGACGAAACACCCGGUCCCAGCAAAUCCACUCAAAUGAGCCCGAUGCCCAAAUACUCCCCGACAUCCUCGCGCUCGGGACCGGCAACAUGCCAUCACACGCGGCCUCAGCGCAUAAUCGUAUCGCAGGGGAAACACCCGUCAUUGGCCCUCCUACUGAAGCGACACGAUCUACCCCAGUACGCGUUGCGGACAAUGCUACUGCGGAUUCUGCCCAACGGCAGAAUCCGCAGUAGCAUUGUCCACAACGCGUUCAUCACUUUCUCUUCUGACUUGCUUGAGGAGCGCAGAGGAUGGCGCAGCCAUGAUGCACUGUACCACAGCGACAGCCUCACGAAGUCUUUCAGUGUCGAGAACACGCGAUGGUAG